AUGUUUUUAAUUUAUUGUUCCACCAUCAAGAAAGAGUUGAGAGAAGAUUUGUUUCUUGGAGAAUUGUUUGGGAAUGAAUUGAACUUCUUAUGGGGAAAGAAGGAAUCAUCAGCAAGUAAUAGCACUGAUAAUUCUUCAUCAUCCAAUAAUAAUAAUUUACCAAAUUCUAACAAUAAUCAAGAAGGAACAACACAGAUUCAAAACAGUGAAAGACAACCAAUGAAUAAGCAGCAACCAAAGGGAAAGAUGAAAAUUGUCAAGGUCAAACCAGAUGGUAAUUGUUUAUUUAGGGCAAUAUCUAUGGGUCUGUAUGGAACUGAAUCGAAACACAUGGAUGUGAGAUAUAUGGCAGUGGAUUGGAUGAGAAAGAAUUUGGACACUAAAAUUGAGGGAUGUGGAGAGACACUUGAGAAGAAUGUUAAUGUCUGGUAUUUGGGGUGA